AAAUAAAAAUAUAAAAAAGUAAGAAGAGAACAAGUCCAGCUUAAAGAAGCUCAUCUCUUUACUCAUUUCACGAUUCUCCCGUCUCGUGUGUUCUCUCUCACACUUGUUCUUUCGAGUUUCCUUCUCUUCUCUUCUUUGGUCUUUCACCAAAAGACCAAAAGUUGAUGUUUUUACAGCCUAAACAGAGACAGCCACAUACAUGUGUUAUGUCCCCAUAAUCCCAUUAUUACUACUAACUCAUCACUAGUUCACACUUCUCUCCUAAAAUUUCAAUCUUUUUCCAGAUCCAACACAAACCCAUCUCAGACAGAUAGAGAGAAUCAAGAGCUAAGAGAUAGAGAGAGGGAAUGGGAGUGAUAUUGGACUCUUGGUGCUUCUGCAAAGGAGUAAGCAAAAGCGAGAAGAUGAAAGGUUCAAUUUUCUCCGGCAAAGCCCCGGCGAUGGCUCGAAUCUCUGUCUCCGGACCAAACGGUGUUACUUCCGGAACAGGAUUCCUCAUUCACCGGAAUCUCCUCCUCACCACUCACCUCAAUCUCCCUUCCGUCUCCGCCACCGAAACCGCCGAGGUCCGCCUCCAGAACGGCGUCGCCGCCGCUCUCUUCCCUCACAGGUUUUUCAUCACAAGUUCUGUUAUUGAUCUCACCAUAGUUGGUGUGGACCUUGUUGAUGGUGGGGACUCAAAUUCUCAGAGUCAAACCCAACAACAGCCACAUUACCUGAAGACAUGUUCUAAGCCAAACCUGGAGUUGGGAAGUGUAGUGUACCUUUUAGGGUACGCUGCUCAGAACGAGCUCACGAUUGGUGAAGGGAAGUUAGUGGUAGCUACAGACAGUCUCAUCAAACUAUCUACCGAUGAAAUGAUAUGGAGUCCUGGAUCAGCUGGGUUUGAUGUUCAAGGGAAUCUCGCAUUCAUGAUAUGCGAUCCGAGGAAGCUAGCCACAUCACCAGCCUCGACGUCCACAUCUUCUUCUUCAUCGUUGAAGAAAGAUAAUAGCAAGACGCUGAUGAUGAUGCAGUUUGGUAUACCUAUGCCUGUGAUAUGUGACUGGCUAAAUCAGCACUGGGAAGGUAGUUUGGAUGAACAUACGAGUAAGCCUAAGUUGCCUCUCAUCAGGUUAAUGUCUUCUGGUCAGAAGAGUGAGCGUUCUUGUGCUUCGUUCACCAUGCGUCCUGUCUUCAAGCCGACAGACUCUGCUGAUGCUGGAACACCAUCUUCAUCUAACGCUAGAGAUCAAACUCAAACUCAUCAAGGCUCAGAGAAGGAAGGAGAAGAAGAAGAAACUUCAAAGAACAAUCCACAGACUCAUGCACAGGGCAUCCCAACCCCUGAGAUAUAUGAAUCGCCAAAGCUGACUUCAAGCCCUUUAAGAAAGGAGUCUGGUGGUCAAGUCCAUCUUUUGGAUAUCAACUUCCCGCCACGUGUACCUAAAGUCCCAACCUUUCUCCCUCAGCUCAACUACCCACAGAGUAAUCAUGUUGUGGUGGAAGAGGAGGCUGAGAUUGCAUCCGAGGGAUCAGACGCGCAGAUUGCUUCAACAGGCUCGGUGAACGGGGCUCUCAGUGAGGUCAUCUCGAGCUCACCGCCACCAGAGGCUCACUAUGUUUACAACAACCAUGGAUACAGCAGCGAGGAGGAGACAAUGUACUCUGCAGAAACAGCAGAGAGCCGAAACUAUCCAACACCUCCAGCGAAAAGCAAGUUUCAUCAUCAUCAUCAUGAUGAGAGAAUUGGAAGGAGCCAGAGCUGUGUGAGCUCCUCCAGCAGAUGGGGAACGCCUCAGAAGAGUCUGAGCGGUAGAAGAGCAAUGCUGGAGAAACAGAGAAGCUUCGUCCAUGGGAAUAAGAUGUUGCAUUCACAAGGAGGAGCAACCUCGCAGCAGAGGAGUAAUGACUAUUACAGCCCAACGGUGUCAUCAAUCAUGAAGAAAAGGAUUAAUAAUAAUAGUUCAGAGAAACCGGUUUUUAAACCGGUACCUAGACCUAGAGCUGCUAGUCCUUCUUCCCAGAGAUGGAUGUUCUGAGCCAAAACAUCAUCAUAAGAAAAAGAGAGAGACAUCUCUGUUUAAAAUUUUGAUGUCUUGCAAUUUCUUGUACUACUAAUUUGAUUUCAAACUCUUGUGCAGACAUAUUGAAGAGACGUUACAAAUAGAAAACAUACAAUCUUGCAUU